AUGAGAACUAUUCCUACCACUCUUGCCGGGCUUGCCUUGCUUUACGGGCUCGCCAACGCCCAAAGUGCCUACGACAGCACUUGCAAUCCCGCCCCCGCGGGGGAUCAGGACAUUGAGCCCGGAGUUGUAGCCACCUACGGCUGCGGAGAGAUACAUAACGCGGGCGACUAUGCUAACGAACAAAGCACUGUCGCAACGCCCGAGGAAUGUGCCACCGAAUGCGCCAAAAGAACUCCCGAGGGCCCUUGCAGCUGGCAUGGUGGUACAUGUUACUUCUACAACGCAGGUGCGGGCGCCGCGGCCUGGCCUAACGCGGUCACAAUCGUGACGCGGAAGGAUUGGGAUAAGCUCAAGGUGGCCUACGACCAAUGUGGCACCAAACUCACUGCUUGCCAGGCAGCCACGGUCCCUGGCGGAGCCACUGGUGGAGGCGGGCCCCCUGGUGGUGGUGGUGGUGGUGGUGGUCCUCCUGUUGGUAUUCCAAAGCGCAAGAUCUGUGAACACAACACACACCUGGAUAAGCAGACCAUUAGUUCUGACGGCAGAACGUACAAAAUCUGGUGCAACGCCAUCAAGCACGGGCCCAACGACUUGGGAGAGGGCAUUAAAGUCAAGAGCAUUGACGAGUGCAUUGAGUUAUGUAACAAGAAAGUGUCGCCGAAGAAGUGUGUCCGUGCUAUCACGAACAAUGCUGGAACCUCAUGCUAUCUCCGCUCGCAUGGCAACAAUCUGACUCCUGAUGCACCAGGAUACAUUAGUGCCCACCUAGUGUAG